AUGCCUGCAUCGCCUACUGCUGGCGGGCGGGUUAUCUUACCGCGCCAGUCUAAUCCAGGAGGGCUACCUGGCUCAAUCGCGCUCCCAACGCCCUCGGAUACGGAUAAUGCAGACCCGACUUCAACCUCUACCUCGGAAACGCCGAGUAGUACGCCCACCUCAAGUACUGAGUCGACCGAGAGCUCAAGCAGUACGCGUACUCCAUCAUCCACACCGUCUUUUACACUAUCUUCUACUCCCACAUCCACCCCGACGUCCACACCGGAGUCCAGUACGCGAACCAGUAGAGCGACUUCGUCUACCGAGACGUCUUCAACGACUACCUCAUCCACGGACUCUAGGACUACAUCAACGGACAGCUCUAUCUCCACUACUUCAACGCCAGUCUCCUCGUCGAUCGGAACUUCUUCAUUGACUUCACUCUCCAAUGUUACCUCUGCUAUGCCAUUUACUACACUUUCGAUGAAUACUACAUCAUCGGCUGGUGCCAGCUUCACCACGUUUACUUCGUCCAUUGUGACCGAGAUAAACGGCACCCCUACCACGGCUGCAGUCGCGAUAGUCACCGCGCUGAACCCCGACUCGUCCGGUGAUGGACUUGAUAGUCACGAGCGCACGUCCAUUGUUGCGGGUGCGGCCGUAGGCGGCACCGCGCUACUCGUCAUCCUUUUCGCCGGAUUCUUCUACUAUCGGCGCCGCGUAGACAAGCAACGGUAUACCUUCCUCAAGCGCGAACCUCCAUCCCGAGCUGCCUUUCUCGCCGACGAACUCGCCGCGCCACCGCCGGGCGGAUAUCGCGAUGAUCCUUUCGCGCCGCCGAGUGGCGCAGCCGUCGGCCAGGCAUACGAGCUACCAGCGCGGGUACCUCGGACACAGCAUUCAGGGAACGGCAGCAUCUUCAGGGAGGAUGUAUGGCCACCACCUCAAUCCGCGCUGGAAGAUCCCUUUAGCAGUACGCCGAACUUAGCUGGCGCGGUCGAGGGCGCGGGUCCCUCUGCUUCUUCGCCCGUACCCUCUCAGUCGACACUCGGCAUCGGCCAACGCCCGGGCGCGCACGAUGCGCGUCUGCGCGGAGGGUCAGGCGACGCUAGUCUUUGGUCUCAAGCGAGCGCGCCACGGCCAAUGAGCGAGACGAGCCAAACGGGCUUGAUGCCCGAGCACGACUCGACGGCGCAAGGCCACGGGCGAGAUGCGUCGGACGUGCCGCUGCUCAGCGAUGCGGCGAGUGCUAUCGAGUACGAUACGCGCUUGGGUCCACUCGCGCCUACGAACCCGGACCGGCAUUCGGUAGAGUUAGCCAGUCCGCCGCCGAGUGGGCUGUCGGGUCAUCCGAAUUGGUUGGAGAGGGCGCCGAGGAGGGUGGAUGGGAGUGACGGAUGA